AUGGACAGCUCGGCUUUUGCCUUUGUACAGGGCUACCUCCCCGACUCGGUCUCGGACCUCCUUCAAGAGUACGCACUCCGCGACGGCGCACCGCUCCAGCUCUUUUCCGCGGCCCUCGCGCAGCAAGCCGCCCGCGCCGCCGACGCCGUCAGCCCCUACACCGCGCCGCUGACCGCCCGCGCCACCUCGUCCUUUGCCACCAUGGUCACGCCGGUGCUCGACCGCAUCGCCCGCGCCGCGUACAAUGCGCCCGACAUGGUUGUGCUGCUGCUCGUUGUUGUCAUGGCGGUCCUCGCCAUCCAGGUCCUGUCGCUCCUGCGCCGUCUUGUCGCGUGGUGGACGCACCUGCUGUUCCGCCUCUUGUUCUGGUCGGGCGUCGUGCUGGUGCUGGCGGCCGUGUGGCAGCGCGGCCCCUUGCAGUCGGCACAGGACGCAGCCGCGAUUGCGGGACGCUUGUAUGGCUACGCGUCCUUUGUGGGCGACAUCUGGCGGGCCGAGUACAACAAGUACCAGCAGCAGCAGGUGCAGGCGCAGGCCGCCAACGGCGGCAGCGGCGGCAGCGGUGCUGCGGCCGCCUCUGCUGCCUCUGCGUCGGCACACGCAGCAUCCAUUGCAGCAGCAGCUGCCGCGCGGCGGAUAUACAAGCAUGAUCCGCGUGGUGCAGCCGGCACAGGGCGGCCGUACACGCGGACAUGA